AGCUGGAGGAGAUCUGUGCCGCACAUCGACCAAGACCGACUCGACCGAAUAGCCUUGCCACACCAAAAACCCUAGCCCGCACAUCCUCCCCUCCCCUUCCUCCUCCUCGCGCCGUCCCUCCAAUCUCUCUUCGUGCCCCCGCGCCGCCGACCACCGAGCAGCCAUGGCGAAUCCACCGGCGACGGGAGGGAAGUCGUUCCUGCAGGCCAUGUCGACGGUCACCGAAGAGGCGGCGGUGCAGCUCCGCGUCGUCCAGAUGGAGGGACUGGCUGUCCUGAAGAUCAUUAAGCACUGUGAGGAGUUUGCGCCUGCUCUGGUUACAGGCCAACUGCUUGGUUUGGAUGUUGGUAGUGUUCUGGAAGUGACCAACUGUUUUCCUUUCCCUAUAAGAGAGGAUGACGAGGAAGCAGAUGCAGAUGGUGCGAACUAUCAGCUUGAGAUGAUGAGGUGCUUGAGGGAGGUUAAUGUCGACAAUAACACUGUUGGAUGGUAUCAGUCCUGCUUGCUUGGAUCUUUUCAAACCGUUGAGCUGAUUGAAACAUUUAUGAACUAUCAGGAGAACAUCCGGAGAUGCGUGUGUAUCGUGUAUGACCCAUCUAGGUCUAGUCAAGGAGUGCUAGCUCUUAAAGCCCUGAAGCUCACAGACUCUUUUAUGGAUCUGUACCGCAACAAUGGUUUAACUGGAGAGAAGCUAAGGGAAAAGAAAUUGUCAUGGGUUGAUAUUUUCGAGGAGAUACCGAUUAAAGUGUCCAACUCAGCGCUUGUCAGUGCCUUCAUGAAGGAGCUGGAAGCUGAAUCACCUGUUUCUCAGUGUGACUUCGACCGUCUUAAAUUGUCGACUGCGCCCUUUAUGGAAAGGAACCUAGAGUUUAUGAUUGGGUGCAUGGAUGGUCUUUCAUCAGAGCAAAACAAGUUCCAAUAUUACUAUCGCAACCUAGGAAGGCAACAGUCACAGCAACAGGCAUGGCUUCAAAAGAGAAGGCAAGAGAACAUGUCUAGAAAGGCUGCUGGCGAGGAGCCGUUGCCAGAAGAAGAUCCAUCCAACCCUAUCUUCAAGCCGCUUCCUGAGCCAUCCCGCUUAGAGGGUUAUCUCGUAACCAAUCAGAUCUCGAGUUACUGCAACCAUAUCAAUGGGGUUGCUGGCCAGAGUUUCAACAGGCUAUACUUGAUGAAGGCGUUGCAGGAAGAUUAGGUGCAGGGUGGCAGCUGCUGUGAGAUUUUAACUUAACAAUGUACCGCACCUCAAUUUUGCAAUGUACUCCAUGUGCACACGCACAUUGCCUAUUUUGUUUUGCCCAAAUCAGAUAGUUAAGAUGCAUUGGGUGGAUAUCAUUUGUUUUGAUGGUUCUGUUCCCGCCUUCUGCAGCUAAA